AUGGAUUCUCGAUUACCCAAAUCGACGAAGGUGCUCAUCCUGCAGAAAUCUUCCCCUGAGCGCAAGCCAAUCUAUCAUGACGUUAUUCUCGAGGAACGCCCCAUACCUGCUCUGAAGGAAGGCCAGAUAUUGGUCAAAGUCAAUGCCGCGGGCCUGAACCACAGGGAGAUAUGGCAGCGCAAGGGACAGUACCCAGACACCACCCUUGGCUCCGUGAUGGGUGCAGACGGUGCCGGUACGGUAGUCGCAUCAACCCAGCCCAACGACGAUAUCCUAGGCAAGCGGGUAUUCCUCAAUCCAACGCGAGGCUGGGACUCUCACCCAGAUGCCCCCGAGUCCAGAUUCAGUAUCAUUGGUGGAGGAAGCGUGAUUCCCAUUGGAACGUUAACGCAGUAUGUUGUCGUCGAGCGUGAACAUGUUAUUCCAACACCAGAGCAUCUUGAUGAUGAGCAUGCGGCUGCCUGGCCGGUCGGGGGUGUGACAGCCUGGAGAGCUGCAGUUGUGAAUGCUCGUGUACAAAAAGGCGACAAUGUUCUAAUCACGGGCGUAGGCGGUGGUGUCGCUGUAUUGGCGAUGCAGAUCUGUCUUGCACACGGGGCUAAUGUGUAUGUGACGAGUGGUUCGGAAGAGAAGAUUGCCAAGGCCAUCGCUCUCGGUGCCAAGGCAGGCGUGAACUACAAGACCGAAGGAUGGCAUAUACAGCUUGAGCAGGUCCUGAAGAAGAGUAGCCCUAAGAAUCCGCUGUUAAGUGCAAUUAUCGACUCGGCUGGAGGUGAUAUCACAACUCGAGCCAACAAGAUGCUUAAGCAGGGUGGUCGCAUUGUCGUCUACGGCAUGACUGCUUCUCCCCUUGUCCCCUUCACCAUGCGUGAAGUUCUCAAGAAUCAACAGUUGAUUGGCUCUACAAUGGGUUCAUGCAGUGACCUUCGUGCUGCAACGCAGUUCAUUGCUGACCACUCCAUUGUGCCACUGGUAUCCCAUAUUGUCGAUGGUCUUGAGAAAGCCGAAGACGCAUUUGAGCUCCUUCACCGAGGCGAGCAAUUUGGCAAGAUUGUGAUCAGUAUUGACGGUAAACCUAUGAGACGGUCUGUUUUGUAA